GCGGGUUUGGGACGGGACGGGGGAGGAGCUGCAGGAAAGGGUGUUUCCUGGCACGGUUUCCUUGUUUGAGUGACUCAGACAGGAAACUCCCUGCUUCGUGCGGCCCUGGGAAAAGGAAAGCGGCCCUGGCGAGGACCCCUCCGCCGACGCAGAGGCACCCUCUCCCCGUUGCGCUCGAGGGGGGAAGCGGCGCCUCAGGGAGAGCAGUGCCGGGGGCUCCGCGGGCUCCAAGCGGAGAACCAAAAUGACUGCCCAAGUUACCUUGGAGGACGCUUUGUCCAAUGUAGAUCUCUUGGAAGAAUUGCCACUGCCAGACCAACAACCAUGCAUUGAGCCCCCUCCAUCAUCCUUGCUUUAUCAGCCAAAUUUCAACACCAAUUUUGAAGACAGAAAUGCAUUUGUCACAGGCAUUGCAAGAUACAUCGAACAGGCAACUGUUCAUUCUAAUAUGAACGAAAUGUUGGAAGAAGGGCAAGAAUAUGCUGUCAUGCUGUAUACAUGGAGAAGCUGCUCAAGAGCCAUUCCUCAGGUGAAAUGUAAUGAGCAGCCAAACAGAGUGGAAAUUUAUGAAAAAACAGUGGAAGUGCUGGAGCCAGAGGUCACAAAACUGAUGAAUUUUAUGUACUUUCAGAGAAAUGCAAUCGAAAGAUUCUGUGGAGAGGUGAAGCGCUUGUGUCAUGCCGAGAGGAGGAAGGACUUUGUGUCUGAAGCAUAUCUGAUCACUCUUGGAAAGUUUAUCAACAUGUUUGCUGUUUUGGAUGAGCUGAAAAAUAUGAAGUGCAGUGUGAAAAAUGACCAUUCGGCCUACAAACGGGCUGCCCAAUUUCUGCGUAAAAUGGCCGACCCUCAGUCUAUCCAAGAAUCCCAGAACCUCUCCAUGUUUCUUGCUAAUCACAAUAAGAUUACGCAGUCUUUACAGCAACAACUUGAGGUGAUUCCUGGCUAUGAAGAGCUGCUUGCUGAUAUUGUGAAUUUAUGCGUGGAUUACUAUGAAAACAAAAUGUAUCUAACACCUAGUGAGAAGCACAUGCUCCUAAAAGUAAUGGGUUUUGGUUUGUAUCUGAUGGAUGGCAGUGUCAGUAACAUUUAUAAGCUGGAUGCCAAGAAAAGGAUAAAUCUGAACAAGAUUGACAAGUUUUUUAAGCAGCUGCAAGUAGUUCCACUGUUUGGCGACAUGCAGAUCGAACUGGCGAGAUACAUUAAGACUAGUGCUCACUAUGAAGAAAAUAAAUCUAGGUGGACAUGCACUUCUUCCAGCAGCAGUCCCCAGUACAAUAUCUGUGAGCAAAUGAUCCAGAUAAGAGAUGACCACAUGCGUUUUAUUUCGGAACUGGCUCGUUACAGCAAUAGUGAGGUAGUGACUGGAUCAGGCCGCCAAGAAGCUCAGAAGACCGAUGCUGAGUAUCGGAAGCUCUUUGACCUUUCUCUCCAAGGUCUUCAACUUCUGUCUCAGUGGAGUGCACAUGUUAUGGAAGUGUAUUCUUGGAAGCUGGUGCACCCAACGGACAAAUAUUCCAACAAAGAUUGUCCAGACAAUGCAGAAGAGUACGAAAGAGCAACACGAUACAAUUAUACCAGUGAAGAGAAGUUUGCUCUUGUUGAGGUUAUAGCAAUGAUUAAAGGGCUGCAGGUUUUAAUGGGGAGGAUGGAAAGCGUCUUCAAUCAUGCCAUUCGCCAUACCAUCUAUGCCGCGCUCCAGGAUUUCGCCCAGAUUACACUUAGAGAACCAUUGAGACAGGCCAUCAAGAAGAAGAAGAAUGUCAUCCAAAGCGUUCUCCAGGCGAUCAGAAAGACUGUGUGCGACUGGGAAGGUGGCCGUGAGCCGUUUAAUGACCCUGCGCUGAGGGGAGAGAAGGAUCCCAAAAGUGGCUUUGAUGUCAAAGUCCCGAGACGAGCAGUGGGCCCCUCCAGUACCCAGCUUUACAUGGUGAGAACCAUGUUAGAGUCCCUCAUUGCUGACAAAAGUGGCUCCAAGAAAACUUUGAGAAGUAGCCUUGAGGGGCCCACCAUAUUGGACAUAGAAAAAUUCCACCGAGAGUCUUUCUUCUACACUCACUUGAUAAAUUUCAGUGAAACCCUGCAGCAGUGCUGUGACUUGUCCCAGCUGUGGUUCAGGGAGUUCUUUUUGGAGUUGACAAUGGGCAGAAGGAUCCAAUUUCCCAUCGAGAUGUCUAUGCCUUGGAUUCUGACCGACCACAUUUUGGAGACCAAGGAAGCAUCGAUGAUGGAAUACGUUCUGUAUUCUUUGGAUCUUUAUAAUGACAGUGCUCACUACGCACUUACCAAAUUCAAGAAGCAGUUCCUCUAUGAUGAAAUUGAGGCAGAGGUCAAUUUGUGCUUUGAUCAGUUUGUCUACAAGCUGGCAGACCAGAUAUUUGGAUACUACAAGGUGAUGGCAGGAAGCCUGCUUUUAGAUAAACGGUUAAGAUCAGAAUGCAAGAAUCAGGGAGCAACGAUUCCCUUGCUAACAUCUAACCGGUAUAAUACACUCCUAAAGCAGAGACAUGUUCAGCUUCUUGGUCGGUCAAUAGAUCUGAACCGCCUGAUCACUCAGCGAAUUUCAGCAGCCAUGUACAAAUCCAUGGAACUAGCCAUCGGUCGGUUUGAGAGUGAGGACUUGACCUCCAUCGUCGAAUUGGAUGGACUGGUUGAAAUAAACAAGUUGACACACAAGCUUCUGAGCAGAUACAUGACUCUAGACAGUUUUGAUGCCAUGUUUAGAGAAGCCAACCAUAAUGUAUCUGCUCCAUAUGGAAGAAUCACCCUUCACGUCUUUUGGGAGCUCAAUUACGAUUUUCUUCCGAAUUACUGCUACAACGGGUCCACUAACAGGUUUGUUCGAACAGUACUACCGUUUUCCCAGGAAUUCCAGAGAGAUAAGCAGCCUAAUGCACAGCCACAAUAUCUGCAUGGAUCAAAGGCUUUGAAUCUGGCCUACUCCAGUAUUUAUAGCAAUUACAGGAAUUUUGUUGGCCCUCCCCAUUUCAAAGUCAUCUGCAGACUCCUGGGAUACCAAGGCAUUGCUGUGGUAAUGGAAGAGUUACUGAAAGUCGUCAAGAGCCUGCUCCAAGGCACCAUUCUGCAAUAUGUGAAGACGUUAAUGGAAGUGAUGCCGAAAAUCUGUAGGUUACCCAGACAUGAGUAUGGCUCCCCGGGUAUUCUGGAAUUCUUCCAUCACCAGCUGAAGGAUAUUGUUGAGUAUGCGGAACUGAAAACUGUCUGUUUCCAGAAUCUGCGGGAAGUGGGAAACGCUAUCCUUUUCUGCCUCCUCAUUGAACAGAGCUUGUCACUGGAGGAAGUGUGUGAUCUGUUGCAUGCUGCACCAUUCCAGAAUAUUUUGCCAAGAGUUCAUGUCAAAGAGGGUGAAAGACUGGAUGCUAAAAUGAAGAGACUAGAAUCAAAGUAUGCUCCACUCCACCUCGUUCCACUGAUUGAAAGGCUAGGAACACCUCAGCAAAUCGCCAUCGCAAGAGAAGGAGACUUGCUGACCAAGGAGCGCCUCUGCUGUGGGCUGUCCAUGUUUGAAGUCAUCUUGACCAGGAUUCGAACCUUCCUCGAUGACCCAAUCUGGCGUGGGCCUCUCCCCAGCAACGGUGUGAUGCAUGUUGACGAAUGCGUGGAAUUCCACCGCUUGUGGAGCGCAAUGCAGUUUGUGUACUGCAUUCCUGUGGGGACUCAUGAGUUUACCGUUGAGCAGUGUUUCGGAGAUGGGCUGCACUGGGCUGGCUGUAUGAUAAUUGUGCUUUUGGGACAACAGCGUCGGUUUGACGUGCUGGAUUUCUGCUACCACUUACUGAAAGUACAGAAACACGACGGCAAAGAUGAGGUCAUAAAGAAUGUGCCUUUGAAGAAAAUGGUUGAGAGAAUCCGCAAGUUCCAGAUCCUGAACGAUGAGAUCAUUACUAUAUUGGACAAGUAUUUGAAAUCUGGUGACGGAGAAGGCACUCCCGUGGAGCAUGUCCGCUGCUUCCAGCCUCCCAUUCAUCAGUCGCUGGCCAGUAACUAGGAAAGAUCCACUUUUCUCUUUUCCUUUGGAAAGUAUACCUGCUGCACCACAAUGCCAGACAAGAUUUGAUGGCUAAGGGGAGUAUUAUCUUGACCAUCACUGUUUUCUAGUAUUGCCUGAGCACCUUCUGUGAGGACCAGGUCUUUAGCUGUUUCCGAGCAUAAUAACUGUACACAGUUCUCAGUUUUUUAGACUAUUUUUUAUGUACUUUUGAUAAAAGGCUUUCGACUGCAGCCUCUUUUUUAGCCUUAAAAUCCUUUGCAUUUCUCCAGCUGUUGUAAUCAUUCUAGAGAGGUUUAUAGUGUAUGGGGUCUUCUUCCAUUUGUCCACUUACUAGCAAGAAUGAAAAGUUGUCCUUUUCAGGGGUGUCUUUUUUUUGGUAAUUUUCAUGUGUAACAGAAGCAUUACCCUGCUUUGCUAGCCUUUACGGGAAACGCCCUAUUUUGUAACUCCUCAAGUGUCUUUCAUCACUGGAAUGUUCUUUCUCGGAACAUCUGUAGCCCCAAUAUCUUUGGAAAUAAAGGUUUUAAAGGGGCCGUUUUUAAAAGAUUAUAAGAUGGAAGUAAUUAAUGGUUUUAAUAUGUAGAGUGUCUGCCUGUGCAGACUUAAUGGCUCCUGCUGCUGCUUUUUUAGCUUUUAAAAUAAAAUGGGGAGAGAUCUGAAUACCAUUUUCCACAUUGGACGCAAACAAAGCAGCUGUGUGAGUCACUCUACAACUAUAUAUAGAGCAUACUUUGGUUUGAUAGAAUUUAGAAUUAUACCCUUUUCAAGUUUUGUUUUGUUUUUGUUUUUGUUUUGGUUCAUUCUUAGAAUAGGACUCUACCUUUCCUAACACUUAGCCUCUUUCCAAUGCCAAGCUUGGUGAAUAUUUAUAAUUUUACUUUUGUGAAUCAUGGGUCAGUAGUUUAACUACUUCUGAAGCUAAAUUCUGAAUUAAAACAUGUUAAAAGACAA